AUGGCGUUGAAAUCUGCGAUCCGCGACCUGCGGAACAAACCGGAUCUCCUCUUCUUGCGCCUCCCAAACCUAGUGUCGCUUGUGUGCAUCGUCGUCGGCGUUGUUUGGCUACUUCUCCUCCCCUUGAACGAAUACUCCCGUCGCACAUAUAUCUCCGAAAAUGCCCUGUUGCCAGGCCAGGUUCACGCCUAUUUCACCGGCAGCGAGCAAAAUAUCUUCCGGGGCUAUAAACGAGAGAUUGAGGGUCUGCUGAACGAAGGGGCCGAGCCUCCGGCUAGGAGAGAGGAUACGACUUUGAAUCCAACGUACGUUGAACAGCAGGACUCGAGAAUGGCAUAUAUGGUAGAUGUGGCUAAUAUGUCUACAGAAUAUCCGAAAAAAUUGCGCUCGAUUCUGCAGGUUGCGGGUCUCAAAGUGGCGACACAGAAAUACGAGUAUACCUCCGCUGGUAUCACCCAUCAGGGGGAAAAUGUGUAUGGCAUUAUUCACGCUCCUCGGGGCGAUGCAACCGAGGCAAUUGUAUUGGUCGCUGCAUGGAGAACUGCGGAUGAUGAAUUGAACCUCAAUGGUGUCACUUUGGCAUUGACAUUGGCACGAUACUUCAGGCGAUGGUCGUUGUGGUCUAAAGACAUCAUUUUCCUUUUCACCCCCGAUAGCAAAUCCGGGACCCAGGCAUGGGUUGACGCCUACCAUGAUCUCCAUCCAGCAUCCGUGCAACCACUCCCAUUGAAAAGUGGCGCGCUGCAAGGAGCAGUCGUCAUUGAGUACCCCUUUGAGCACCGGUUUCACAGCCUCCAUAUUGUCUACGAUGGUGUCAAUGGUCAAUUGCCCAAUCUGGAUCUAUUCAAUACGGCGGUUGCCAUCGCAAGUGGCCAGAUGGGGAUUGGAGCCAACCUGCAAGAAAUGUGGGAUCACAAUGACAGCUAUGAGGCCCGUCUGCAAACUAUCUUGCGGGGAAUGGCCAAGCAAGGACUUGGAUAUGCAACUGGGGCUCACAGUAGCUUUAUGCCUUACCACAUCGAUGCCAUCACUCUCCAGCCUAAGGGCCAGGGCUGGGAAGAUGAGAUGGCAUUGGGCCGGACGAUCGAGAGCCUCUGCCGCAGCUUGAACAACCUGCUGGAGCACCUCCACCAGAGCUUUUUCUUCUACCUUCUCAUGGAAUCGCAACGAUUCGUGAGCAUAGGCACGUAUCUGCCUAGUGCUAUGUUGAUCGCUGGGAACUUUACCAUCAUGGCUAUUGCUCUGUGGAUGCGCACCGGAUACCAUCUUCGUUCUGCGCCCAGUGAGCCUCGCACGCCCCAGAAGGAACAGAACCCAGCGCCUGUGACCGAAAAGACUGAACAGACAGCUCGCAUCAGCGGACCUCCUGUGGUGGAACGCCUGCUCGCUCUGCCGUUGACGCUGGUCACUGGACUCCACCUGCUCGGUCUUGUCCCCCUCUGGACCUUGAAUACCCUUUCUCAUCAGUUCUUCACCUCGGUGACCUACACUUUUGUUGUGGUGGACGUCGUACUUCCGUUGGUCCUGGCUGCUCUACUAUCUAACGGAUUGGGGUUGUUUUCACCGAUCGUUCCGCAGCAGUACUUGCUCAUCAAGUCGUUUUCAUUGCUGCUCCUCGGACUGUGUCUUUCUACGUUGGCCACGCUCAAUUUCUCUUUGUCUUUUAUCAUCGGUCUCCUUUGUGCGCCACUCAGCUUCAUCGGCCGUCUUCAAGGCCUGUCAGCGCCGCUCCGCUAUGGACUUGCCGUCUUCGGCCUUGUUUUGUUGAACCUGCUGUCCCCGCCCACCAUUCUCCUCGGUGCGUGUUGGUACUUUGGCGUGUCUGUGGAGACUGUGCUGACGCAGGCCGCGUUUGGGUGGGAUGUAUGGGGAAUGUGGACGCAGGUGGUGGUGUGGUGUGUAUGGUGGCCUGCAUGGCUAAUUGGGUGUGUUCUGUUGGGAUCAUCCGUCUUCUAA